GAAAUGAGCCAAGAAAAUGAUAAAAAUUUUAAUCCGAUGAAUAAAUUACAGGCCGCAUGGUACUUUGAAUUACCACUUUUAAGCAUAGAUGGACUUAAAGGACUUAAAGCCAAAUAUAUAGGUUAG